UGUUAAUAGAGCUUUAUUGCUGGGUUGCUUCUGACUAACAAGUUUCUUUAGUCGGCUCCAUGCAAGCAGCAUGGAUUUCUAAAGCCCCAUCUGUAGUUAGAGAUGCCCUGUUUCAUCUGUGAGAGAAGCCGGCACUCCUGGCGUCCUGCUUACCUUUUCUCUCUUGCAGGUGGCAGAAGGAUGCCGGCAAGACCUCCUGCUCCGCCUUUUCCUGGGGGCAGAAGGGAAGCAGCGGCUCUGGAACCAGAUCAGGUCAGGGGAAGCUGCCUUGUGGGGACAGAGGCCGAGGGAUGGAGCAAUGUCAUGGACUGGUUGGGCACAGAGGAAUGGUGGGAGGAAGCAGCCAGGGAACCAGGAAGGGAAAACGGCUGAGAGCCGAAGGAGUGGAGGUGGAGGAAGUAUGAGCGGUCAGAGGAAGAAGAGGGAGCAGUCUGGGAAGAGGAGGUGUCAGAAGCUGAAGGGGAAACAGGGCUUAGUGAGCUGGGAGACUCUGUGGCAGAAUGCAAUGCAGAAUCAGAGGCAGAAGAGGAAGGAGGCAAGUGGGAGAGGAAGGUCGAGAGGCUGAGGUGAGUCAGGAGAAGGAAGAGCCACCGGUGGCUCCCUCUCCUUUUGCCAGAAGCCACCCCCUGGGCUUGUCUCUCUGAGCCAGGAGAGCCCCUGCAAUGCAGGAAUCUCUGCUAGAUCAUCCAAGACAGAUGGCCAUCAAAAACAGGCUUAUUUUAUUUCUAGAUUGAUAACUGAAUGCAAAAAUUGUUUUCUAAGCAGUGGACAAAUGAGAACAAAUAGCGGCCUGGAUUCACCGAACCAGCCCCAUCGGCUGCAAAAUGGGGCCUGCCUCCUAUUCCUCCUAAUCUGGUGAACCAGGUCCUCCACAUGCAGCUGCUGGGUGACCUUGGGCUUAGUCACAUUUCUCCGAAGUCUUACAGCUCCACUCACCUCACAGAGUGUUUGUUAUGGGGGAGGAAGGGAAAGGAGAAUGUUAGCCGCUUUGAGACUCCUUAGGGUAGUGAUAAAGCGGGAUAUCAAAUCCAAACUACUCUACUCCCCCUCUCUAUGCCCCCAUGAACCCCUGGAAUUUGGCUCUAGGGCAUUGGGAGGCAACUCCCCAGAACAGCUCACGAGGAGAGGAGAAAGUGGAUCCUUCCAUUGGGGAAACUGGAAUGCUUGCCUAGGCAGAAUGACUUGAAUAAGACAAGGUGGAGUACAACCUAUUUGCACAAAAACGAAUACCCAUAAUUUAAACUUAGAAUAAAAUAAGCAUCCAUAAAUAAAAUGUGCAGCAAAGCAAUCCUGUUGAAACAACUCCCCUGCGUGAGUGCCUGAGGGCCCCGCUCCUGCCACUCACCACCUGGCCCAGGGCGGGGCCUGAAGCCUCAUAAGGACAGUUGUUGCUGCUGCUGCUCCUGCUGGCCAGGAGGACUCGGAGCGGCGCAAUGUUCUUUUUAAAAUUUUCUUUUUUCCCUUUUGAUUACUUUUUUUGUGGGGGGUGGGAUGGAUGUUUGAUUGGGUUCGGGAAUUUGUUUGAUUUUGAUGUGUUUGUAAUUUUUACAGUUUUACUUAUCCUGACCGGACACGGGUUAGAGCUCAACGUCAAGCCUACCAAGUGGCGGUAGCGACGGCAAAGAAGACUUUCUUCGCCGCCUCUAUUGCAUCUGCAGAAAACAACACCAGGAGACUUUUUCAGGGGGUUCGCAAUUUAGUGGAACCACCUGCUACAUUGGGGCCCAGUAUGGGCCACAUGAUCUCCUGCAAUGAUUUUGCAAAGUUUUUUGCAGAUAAAGUUGCUCAGAUUCAGGAAGAGGUAGACUCCACCGUGGGAACAGGGCCAGGGCGGGAGAGUGCUAGUGUCCUGUCUAGUCAAGUUGCGUGGGAUCAGUUCCAAUCUCUUACCUCCGAGGAUGUGGACAGGCUGCUUGGACGAGUGAAACCAACCACCUGUCUCCUUGAUUCUUGCCCAUUCUGGCUUAUAAAAGCUAGCCGGGAAGGGCUGGGAGAUGGGCUUCGUGGGGUCGUGAAUGCUUCUCUCUGUGAGGGAGCCUUCCCAGACCCGCUGAAAGAGGCGGUUAUCAAACCGCUUAUUAAAAAACCAUCUUUAGAUGCUGCCAAUAUGGCUAACUAUCGCCCAGUCUCAAAUCUUCCAUUCUUGGGCAAGGUGAUUGAGCGCGUGGUUGCUGAACAACUCCAGGCACGCCUGGAAGAAGUACACCAUUUGGAUCCCUUCCAGUCGGGAUUCAGGCCUCAUCAUGGGACUGAAACUGCCUUGGUCGCACUGGUGAAUGAUCUCUGGUGGGCUAGGGACAAAGCUGUUUCCUAGUUCUGCUGGAUCUCUCAGCGGCGUUUGAUACCAUCGACCAUAACAUCCUUCUGGACCGUCUUGAGGGGCUGGGAGCUGGGGGCACUGUCAUACAGUGGUUCCGCUCCUUCCUCCUGGGCCGUGUCCAAAAAGUGGUGGUGGGGGAUGAGUGUUCAGACCCCUGGGCUCCCACUUGUGGGGUGCCUCAGGGUUCCGUCCUCUCCCCCAUGCUUUUCAACAUCUACAUGCAGCCGCUGGGAGAGAUCAUCAGGGGGUUUGGGCUGGGUGUUCAUCAGUAUGCAGAUGAUACCCAGCUCUACCUCUUUUUCAAAUCGGAACCAGUGAAGGCGGUGAAAUUUCUGUGUGAGUGUCUAGAGGCGGUUGGAGGAUGGAUGGCGGCUAACAGAUUGAGGUUGAAUCCUGACAAGACAGAAGUACUAUUUUGGGGGGACAGGAGGCGUGGUGUGGGGGACUCCCUGGUCCUGAAUGGGGUAACUGUGCCCCUGAAGGACCAGGUGCGCAGCCUGGGAGUCAUUCUGGACUCGCAGCUGUCCAUAGAGGCACAGGUCAAUUGUGUGUCCAGGGCAGCUGUUUAUCAGCUCCAUCUGGUAUGCAGGCUGAGACCCUCCCUGCCCGCAGACUGUCUCUCCAGAGUGGUGCAUGCUCUGGUUAUCUCUUGCUUGGACUACUGCAAUGCGCUCUAUGUGGGGGUACCUUUGAAGGUGACCCGGAAACUACAACUAAUCAAAAAUGUGGCAGCUAGACUGGUGACUGGGAGUGGCCGCCUGUUGGUUUCUGCUUUCCUUCACUGUGCAGCAACUGCUGUCAUGAGACAGGUGUUUACAUUCCACAGUCUGUACUGUUGGAGUUUCUCACGGGAAAGGGAGACUGGAUGUGACGUACACUGGUUUCCUGUUUUUCACUCUGUGUGAUUCUCUCCAAGCUGUUGAGGAGAGAGGAUGCAUUUUCUGCUCCUGCAGAGGCAAGAUGUCUUUCUGUAAUAUACCAGCUUUGAACUGUAAAUAAAGCAAUAUAGAGUAUGUAACACAUUUUCCUCAUCCUUCCGCUGGGCACGACAGACUCUGCUUUAAAUCAACACCUGGUUAUGGGCCCAGACGUCGAAUCGGAGUGCCGGCAGAGGAUCGGAAUGCAGAGGGAGGACGGAUCGGAAAGGAAUCUGCUCUGCGCGUAGAAGUGAUUGAUGAGGUAUGUGCUACUGCUCCGGGCAGCCUGCCAGCUUCAAGUUAAUGGCUUUAUGGCUGGACUUUGAACUUUUAAAGCCGGUUUGCAGGGAAUAGGCAAAAGGCUCCCAGGCACAAGUCACUAUGCUGGGAAAUCGAAAGUAACUUUUAAGUGUGCCUUUGUAAUGAGGCAGCUGCAGCAGUGACGCAGCAAGAUUUAAAGCAGCAUAUGACGCUGAAGGCUAAUGCCAGAGUCAUGAUGGCCCUUCAGGAUGCUUGUGGGAUUCCUAAGCUCAACAAGAAAAAUUACAGCGACUGGGUUCAGUAUGCAGAGGCAAUUCUGCGGAAGAGGGUUUGUUUGAGGUGAUUACAGAAACCCCCAGUUCCAGUUACAGAUGCAUGGGAAGCUAAGGAUUCCAAAGCAAGGGAACUCUUACAUUGAUAGUAUCCCCAGAAGAGCUCUGUCUAUUGCGUGAUAAGACCUCAGCCAGAGAAAUUUGGGACGCUCUGAGAGAGGCUCACUUAAGGACAGAAGCUGGAUCCACUAUGUUUUAUUUUAACAAGCUGCAUAAUAUGGCUCUUGCUGAAGGUGGAGAUGUGCGUUUACAUCUGAUGGAGAUGCAAAAUCUGAGACAUGAGCUGCAACAGAGAGGACUCAACUUUCCAGAGGCUGUGUAUUCUUUCAUGAUACUACAAUCUUUGGGUUCAGGUUGGGAGUCUGUUGCAACCCAGAUUGCUGUGCAACCAACUGCUCAGCUGACAGUGGACUUUGUUACUGCCGUGAUUUUAAAUGAAGCAGAUCGCCGGGGUGCUAGCUGCAUGGGCAAGGAGAGUCUUCACAGACGUCAUCCCAUAGUGCAGUGGAACCACCAGAUGGCGCCAAAGCUUUGAAGGCAGUCAAAUGCUACUCGUGUGGACGUCUAGGCCAUAUGAAGAGGGAUGCAGACAUCCCAGGGCCAAGACAGAGCAGCGCAGCGAAAGCUCAUCGCGCGGAAAAGGCCGAGGCAAAGGCAAAGGUCCGGUGUCUAGGACAACGCAGCACAAGGCUAUGGUUUCACGCUUCACUCCAAAGGUUGCAGAGGUCCAGAAGACGUCUAGAUCUUUCUUCGUUGUUGAUUCAGCGGCCACCCACCACAUGUGCAACGAUAAGAAACUGUUUGUGUCUUUUACACCGCAGGAAGGUGCGAUUCACCAGGCGGAUGACCACACUAUUCCCAGUAAAGGCUACGGAACUGUUGUUCUUCACAGUUUGGACUUAUCGAUACAGAAUGUGCUUUACGUGCCAGACGCCAAACAUAAUCUGCUCAGCGUUGGACAGCUGAAUGAGCGGAACAUUGACGUUUCCUUCAAGAACAAGAAGUGCAUCAUCACAAAGAAAAAUGAUUAUGUAUUGCAUGCAGAAUAUGUUGAUCAUUUGUUUGUUUUGUAUUAUGAUGAUGUGGUGCAGGAUGACACUUGUUGCAUUGCAGGUUCUAACAAAAGUUUGCAUGCAGAAUGUAUUCACGAUUUUCAUCGCAAAUUUGGUCAUUUGCAUUUUGAGGCAGUAUCUAAAAUGCCUGCCUUGGUUGAAGGUAUGACUAUUAAACCCUGCAGGUACCACAUGAAGUGCAAAGCAUGCGCAGCAAACAAAGUGAAAAUGGCUGCGAAAGGUAAGGUGUCUAGUAGGAAAGCUACAGAACCAUACCAGGUUGUUCAUGCUGAUUUGGUUGGACCACUAUCGCCCUCUUUGGGUGGAAAUAGAUACUUCAUGGUUCUCAUUGAUGCAUUUUCUAGAUAUAUUUUUGUGUACAAUCUCAAGCAGAAAUCGGAGGCUUUUCCUAGGUUCAAGGAAUUCUGUGCUUGGUUGGAAAAUGUGCAUGGUAAGAAGAUAAAGACUCUUUUCAGUGAUCGCGGGGAAUUCACUUCUCAGCAGUUUGAAGCUUUUCUGACUGAGAAAGGAAUUCAACACGAUUUGUCUAGUCCUCGCUCGCCAUGGCAGAAUGGACUUGCGGAGCAGGCAAAUCAGACAUUGCUUCAAGGGUUAAAGACCUUGCUGCAUGAUGCCAAUCUUCCAGAGAGUUAUUGGGCCGAAUCUCUCUCGUGUUUUGUUUACAGUUACAAUCGCAGGUUAUCUUCAGCGAUUGGAUGUACCCCCUAUGAGAAGAUGUUUGGCAGAAGCCAUACAUCAAACACAUGAAGAUUUUGGUUCUGACAUGUGGGUUCACUCACCACAAAACUCCAAGUUAGACAAGCGUGGAUUGCAUGGUAUCUUUCUAGGUUAUCAGAAAGGGUCUUACAGAAUAAUGAUGACUGACUCUAAGACAAUUAAGCUCACGAGAAGUGUUGAGUACAAUGCAAAGUGGGGUGAGAAUGUGGGAAUUUUCCAAUGUUAUCCUGAUGACGGUGAUGAGACUGAGGAUAGUCAAAAGCAACCACAACAGCCCACACCCACUGAUGAAGGUUCUGAGUCUGAAUCUGAAACUGAAUCGGGUGAUUCAGAGGAUUUCAAGAGUGCGAAAGCCUCUAUGCGACCCUCUGAAAGCUCUGAUCAAGAAUUGGAGGAACCAUUGUUCACAAUAGGUCGUUUUUCUCCUAAGAAGGAAGAGGAGAGUGUUGAAGACUUAAGGCUAAUUCGUAGGUCACAGAGAGCCACAAAAGCCAAACCUCCAAAGAGAUUUGCUGAUGAGUUUGCUAAGAUAGCAGUAACAGCUGUUAAAAGCUCCAAGAAGGUAUUUGAACCUUCAAGUUUCCAAGAAAUCCAGGGUUUGGAUUCAAAGGAAGCUGAGCCAUGGUUAAAUGCCAUGAAGGCUGAGCUUGAUUCCUUAGAAAGGAACAAAACAUGGGAGCUAGUUCCAGUAGUUCCAGGAAUGAAACUGCUUGGAAGCAAAUGGGUCUUCAAAGCGAAGACAGAUCAAAAUGGCAAGAUAGUCAGACACAAAGCCAGAUUGGUAGCCAGAGGUUUUGCACAGGUACCAGGUGAAGACUAUCACGAGACCUAUUCACCCACAGUGAGAUAUGAAAGCAUUAGGCUUAUGCUCAAGCUAGCUGCAGAGGAAAAUCUACACAUUAGUCACCAUGAUAUUAAUACAGCUUUUCUGUACGGAUCUCUAGAUGAAUCACUUUAUAUGCUUCCACCUGAUGGCGUACAGGUUAAACAGGGAUUUGUUUGUGCUCUGAAGAAAUCCCUUUAUGGUCUCAAACAAAGUGCACGGUGUUGGCACACAAAACUCACUGAAGUAUUGUUUUCUCUAGGUUUUCAGCAAGGAAAGCUGAUCCAUGUGUAUUUGUCAAGAGGAGGGGCAAAAGAAACUGUACUGUUUGUUUUAUGUUGAUGAUUUAUUAUUCUUUUGGAAAGAUGUCGCAAUGUACAAUAACGCCCUAGCUCAACUGAAAGAGCACUUUGACAUGAAAGAUCUUGGUGAGGUAAACAACUACCUAUCUCUGGAAAUAGAGAGAGAUCAAGAUGGUAACAUUCUAGUACACCAGUCACGGAAAAUUGCUGAUGUGUUAAGCAAACUAAAUCUGAUGGAUGCUAACCCUGUAGACACACCGAUGACAACAGGUUAUCAGGUAGAUGACACUGAAGAAGCAUUUUCUGACACUACACUGUACAGGAGUGUGCUAGGCAAGCUAAACUUCAUUGCCAGAUGUUCAAGACCAGACAUUGCUGUUAGCUGUAAUUUGCUAAGCAGACAAGUCAACAAUCCUAGUGUCAAGGAUUGGAAAGCUCUGAAACGCAUAGCGCGGUAUUUGAAAGGCACUAUGCAUUACAGACUGAGAUUUAACAAUCAGAAGUCUGGUGGUCUUGAGAUAUUUGCAGAUGCAAGUUUUGGAAGUGACACUACAGACAGGAAAAGUACGUCUGGAGUUUGCUAUAUGUACAAUCAGAGUCUGUUUGAUUGGUCAUGCAAGAAGCAAACAACAGUUAGCUUAAGUACUUGUGAAGCCGAACUGAAUGCACUGUCUUAUUCACUUAAGGAUUGUGAAUGGUUAGUACAAUUGUGCAAAGAUAUGAAAAUUCCUGUCAAAUGUCCAAUCCAGGUUUACCAGGACAACAAAGCAUGUUUGGCUUUGCUGAAGUCUGAAGGUUGUAAGCAAAGCACAAAGCACUUGCAAUUAAAGUUGCAGCAUGCUAGGGAAUGUAUUCAGAAGGGACUCGUAACGGUGUCCUAUAUGCCAGGUAAUGAAAUUCCUGCUGAUGUAUUGUCCAAGAUUGUAUCGAGGGAUCAACACUGUACCUAUGUGCAGAAGUUGGGUUUGUACUGAUACUGUACGAACACGCUGCCCAGUGAUGUUCACAGACAGGGGGAGGAUGUUGGUUUCUGCUUUCCUUCACUGUGCAGCAACUGCUGUCAUGAGACAGGUGUUUACAUUCCACAGUCUGUACUGUUGGAGUUUCUCACGGGAAAGGGAGACUGGAUGUGACGUACACUGGUUUCCUGUUUUUCACUCUGUGUGAUUCUCUCCAAGCUGUUGAGAAGAGAGAAUGCAUUUUUCUGCUCCUGCAGAGGCAAGAUGUCUUUCUGUAAUAUACCAGCUUUGAACUGUAAAUAAAGCAAUAAAGGGUAUGUACCACAUUUUCCUCAUCCUUCCGCUGGGCACGACAGACUCUGCUUAAAUCAAUCAAUCAAUCAAUCAAAUCAAUAAAUCAAUGCGCUCUAUGUGGGGCUACCUUUGAAGGUGACCCGGAAACUACAACUAAUCAAAAAUGUGGCAGCUAGACUGGUGACUGGGAGUGGCCGCCGAGACCAUAUAACACCGGUCUUGAAAGACCUACACUGGCUCCCAGAACGUUUCUGAGCACAAUUCAAAGUGUUUCUGCUGACCUUGAAAGCCCUAAAUGGCCUCGGUCCAGUAUACAUGAAGGAGCGUCUCCACCUCCAUCGUUCUUCCCAGACACUGAGAUCCAGUGCUGAGGGCCUUCUGGCGGUUCCCUCGCUGCGAGAAGCCAAGUUACAGGGAACCAGGCAGAGGGCCUUCUCAGUAGUGGCACCCGACCUGUGGAACGGCCUCCCACCAGAUGUCAAAGAGAAAAAUAACUACCAAACUUUUAGAAGACAUCUAAAGGCAGCCCUGUUUAGGGACACUUUUAAUGUUUAAGAGAUUAUUGUAUUUUAGAGUUUUUUGGAAGCCGCCCAGAGUGGCUGGGGAAACCCAACCAGAUGGGCGGGGUAUAAAUUAUAAAUUUAUUAUUAUUAUUAUUAUUUAAUAAUAUUAUUAACAGGAAGGAAAGAACACAGCAUUGUGUAGCAGAUCAUAUUUCUGCUGUCUCAGAGGAGGACCUUUCCCUUUUUCUUUUAGGGUCCAGUGUGCUUUGAAGAUGUCGCUGUUUGUUUCACGGACGAGGAGUGGGCGUUGCUGGAUCCUGACCAGAGAGCUCUGCAUAAGAACGUCAUGGAGGAGAAUUGUGGGAUAUUGGCCUCUCUUGGUAAGGCUCCCUGUGGGAUCGUCAUAUCUGUGAGGAGAACCUGAGCUUACAGGGUUAAACAGCUCAGAGUGUACGCUCUGCCUACUAGUGGGAGGGGGGAAAAGCUACGUCAGUUCCGAGAAACUCAAGUCUUUGUUCUGUCUCUCUACUUUCGCUUUUGAGGAGAGAGGACGUGUUUUCACGAUGCUGUUCGCUGUGAUAGAUAAUGGAUAGCCUGCUGUAAAUAAAGCUGCUUUUAGCUGCUAAGAUCCUGUGUGGACUUUAUUUAAGCACACUGAAGAAUGCACUGGAGUGUUUUGCAGCUUCCUCUAGCCGCUGUUGAUCUCAACUCUGCUAUGCUCAGAAGUAUCGGACAUUGGAAUGCAGAGGCCCGCGAUGGGGAAGCGUGCCGGACCUCAGGCUUAUCUGAGCAAUAAAUCAAUUUAUCUAAGAAUAUCUGCCUGGAAAUUCAAAAAAUAUGUCUAUGGACCAACCUCAUAUAUUUUCACAGAGCUCAAUAGUGGCCCCUAUAACACCUGGGAACCUAACACCCCCACAAUAAAAAGUAACUUACAGUUUUUUCUUUGAACAAUCUUCCUCAAAUUAUUCCUUUUUCUACCACGAUUGGGCUGGUGUGAACUUCCCAGGCCAUCUUCAGUGUCAGCUUCAACCUUCCACAAUUUUGACCACUACUAUAUAUCAGGCAAAACAACAUUCAACAACUCUUCAGAAUCUAAUAAUAAAUAUGUUGGUAAAAUGACAAACAACACAGGUAAUGAACACACACCCAACUCGUUUCAUUUCUUCUCCAUUUGUUCCUGAGGCUCUAAUCCCUUUUUGUCUCCAUUGCAGAUUCUGAUGAAUUGGAAAUUGAGAGCAAAGGUGACCACGAUAAAAUCCCCAGGGAGGAGAAGCCACGUAAAAAUUUGGAGUGUGGAGAAAGCUGCAGUCAGAGCUCCCAUUCCACUUCCCAUCAACAAAAUCUCAUUGGAAAGAAACUCUAUCAGUGCAUGGAAUGUGGAAAAAGCUUCAGGAAGAGCUCUGAUCUCACUUCCCAUCAAAGAAUUCAUACAGGGGAGAAACCCUAUAAGUGCGUGGAAUGUGGAAAGAGCUUCAGGAAUAGCUCCCAUCUCACUUCCCAUCAAAGAAUUCAUACAGGGGAAAAACCCUAUCAGUGUGUGGAAUGUGGAAAGAGCUUCACAGAUAGUUCCUCUCUCAUUUCCCAUCAAAGAAUUCAUACAGGGGAGAAACCCUAUCAGUGUGUGGAAUGUGGAAAGAGCUUCAGUCAGAGCUCCUCUCUCACUUUCCAUCAAAGAAUUCAUACAGGGGAGAAACCAUAUCAGUGCGUGGAAUGUGGAAAGAACUUCAGGAAGAGUUCCAAUCUCACUAAGCAUCAGAGAAUUCAUACAGGGGAGAAACCCUAUCAGUGUGUCAAAUGUGGAAAGAGCUUCACUGAAAGCUCCUCUCUUACUUCCCAUCAAAGAAUUCAUACAGGGGAGAAACCCUAUCAGUGCGUGGAAUGUGGAAAGAGCUUCACUCACAACCACAGUCUCACUUUCCAUCAAACAAUUCAUACAGGGGAGAAACCCUAUCAGUGCGUGGAAUGUGGAAAGAGCUUCAGGAAGAGCUCCUCUCUUACUUCCCAUCAAAGAAUUCAUACAGGGGAGAAACCCUAUCAGUGUGUGGGAUGUGGAAAGAGCUUCACUCACAGCCACAGUCUCACUUUCCAUCAAACAAUUCAUACAGGGGAGAAACCCUAUCAGUGCGUGGAAUGUGGAAAGAACUUCAGGAAGAGCUCCUCCCUUACUUCCCAUCAAAGAAUUCAUACAGGGGAGAAACCCUAUCAGUGUGUGGAAUGUGGAAAGAGCUUCACAUGUAGCUCUUCUCUCACUUCCCAUCACAGAAUUCAUACAGGGGAGAAACCCUAUCAGUGCGUGGAAUGUGGAAAGAGCUUCAGUCAGAGCCAAAAUCUCACUUCCCAUCAAAGAAUUCAUACAGGGGAGAAACCCUAUCAGUGUCUGGAAUGUGGAAAGAGCUUCAGUCAGAGGGCCAAUCUUACUUCCCAUCAAAGAAUCCAUACAAUGGUCGAAAAAACCAUUAUACAGCUUUAGGAACCAGGCAGACGCACCUUUUUAACCAGGCUUUUGGCUGAUUGACAUCUAAUGCCCUUUUAAUAUGUGGUGUGCUUUUUUAUGUUUUUUGUUGUUGGAACCAUCCUGAGACCUGUGGGUGUAGGGAAUAGGCGCCAACUCUUAAAGGCCUAGGGUUCUUUGCCCCACCCCCAAUAAAAUAUUUAAGGAUGCCACCCCCCAGUUUUUGGUGUGUUUUUUUCAAACACAACCUUUUAUUCUUCUGCAACUUGCCAUACAAUUUCUCUUUCAAUUUGCCCUCUUAAAAAAUAAACGCACAAAGGUCAUGAGGAAAACAAAAUACAAGAAGAUACAAACAUGGACAGGUCCCAUCUUUGCGGGCAAAAUGGAAAAGUUGCUUUGAAGGAGGAUUUCCCAAACUUGGGUCCCCAGCAGCUCCUGGACUACAGUUCCCAUCAUCCCUUCCCACUGGUCCUGCUAGCUAGGGAUGAUGGGAGUUGUAGUCUAAAAACAGCUGGAGACCCAAGUUUGCUUUAAAGGGAAAGUAGGCUGGCCUUGUGACACCCUCUGCUGGCCAAAAGCACUGCCCCAGAAUGUGAACCACCCCCAGUACUGCUAAUUGGAAUUUAUAGAGCACAAAACUGAAGUUUGAUCGGCACUUCAACCACUAGGGAGCUUCUAGGGAGCUUCUAGGAGAUGGAAUGCUAGAAGUGUUCUCCGGGGCAAGGGGAGCUGCUGAGAAAUUGAACUACGGGCGCAAAAUAUUACUUUUUUAAAAAGUUGCUGCCAUUAUAGGCAUUGCCAUUCAAAUGGAGUGCAUGCAUCCUGUGAUCGAUAGUGCAAACAGGACUUACCUGACCCCCCAUCAAUAUUUUAUUCAAGUUGACACCACUGGGUCGGGUGGUUUACAGAUUAAAUACAUAAAUCGCCUCCCUUUGCACAUGUCAAUAUCCUCAUUUAUUAUUUUUAAAAUUUAUUCGCCCUUCAUCUGAAGAUUUUACAACAUACAGGAUGAAAGCAUGGCUUUCUCAAAAACAAGUCAAGUCAGAGAAAUCUCUCCUUUUUGGGGGGGGAUAGAGUUACAAACUUUGUUGAUCAAGGGACUGCUGUGGAAAUUGUGCAUCUUGAUUUCAGUGAGGCUUUUGACAGAGUCCUCUGUGAGCUUUAUGUGAGGAAGCUGGUAAAAUGUGGGCUGAAUGAGAUAUAUGUCUUAGGACAUCAAACUGGGAAAGAGGAUUUUAAACUGACUGCAGAAGUUUUAUGCCCUUGGGAAUUUGGUCUCUUAAAUCUACCCCUUCGCCUUCCGUUUCCGUGCACUGCUCUGGUUCGCCAGAAGCAGCUUAGUCAUGCUGGCCACAUGACCCGGAAGCUGUACGCCGGCUCCCUCGGCCAAUAAAGUGAGAUGAGCGCCACAACCCCAGAGUCGGCCACUACUGGGCCUAAUGGUCAGCGGUCCCUUUACCUUUACCUAUGCAUUAUAGCAGGGACGUCCAACUUCCAAGAUGCUGAGAUCUACUCCCAGUAAUAAAAAACCUGCCAGUCAUCUACCCAUUGUCUUUGGCCAGAGUUGUUGAGCUUUUCUCAGGGAGCAGUGACCAGAGUUGUGGAUCAACCAGUAGAUCGCGAUUGACCUGUUGCAUAUGCCUCCAUUCUAGGAAAUCGCAAAACAACAUCAAACCUUGCGUUACGUGAAAUACAUUCGACAAACACAAGACGUAACCGGCUGUGGAUUCACAUAAACAAUACUCUUCUAUAUAUUCUUAUCACAAUAUCAAAUGUUUAUCUUGCACAUAAACAACACAUAAAGUGCAAUAAUAUAGACGGAAGUCCCAAUAAAUCAGUUCAUUCAU